AUGACCUCCUCCCUCAGAAAUUCGUUGCAUAGGCGAAAUCAUAAAGAGCGCUCGCAGCUCUCUCAUCGCGCGAAAUUUGGAAUUUUAGAAAAGCAUAAGGACUAUGUCCAACGUGCACGGGAUUAUCACUCCAAGCAGGAUCGUCUAACGCGCCUUAGGCAGAAGGCGGCGGAUAGGAAUAAGGAUGAGUUCUACUUUGGGAUGAAUAAGGAGAGGACGGUGCAGGGGGUGCAUGUCAAGGAUAGAGGAAAUGUUUCAAUGCCUAUGGAUAUGGUUAAGCUCCUCAAGACACAAGAUGAGGGCUAUGUUCGGACAAUGAGAGCCAAUGGAAUCAAGAAAAUUGAGAGGAUCAAAAACCAACUUACUGCCUUGGCUAACCUCAUUGCCCCACCGGAUGAUGACAGAGAGGAUGACGGCGAGGAUGCAUUGGACGAAACUGACCUGGAAACACUUCGAGAAGCAAGUGUCAUACCCCCAGGAACAAAACGGCGUCCACCCCCACGUCAUAUUAUCUUUGCUGAGAAUGAGACAGAAGGCGACAUGAUGACAUAUACUGCAGCAAAACAAUUGUCUCAGCAGCGAUCUUCAAACGAAGUCAAAACUACGAUUGAAGUCGAACGGGCUGAAGUCGACCUCGGCUGGAAGACCGUGGAAAGUGUAUCGUCUCGGCGGAGACGGAAAAAUAAAUCCUCAGCCGGUGUAUCAACAGAUAUUGUUGAGGAUUCCCAUGAAACACAGCAACUUAAUGUGCAAAACCGCAAGCGACUCCUGAAAGAACUCGCUGCGCGACUAAAACGUGACACUCAAUUACGGUAUACACAACGUGAACUAGAGAUGCAAAGACUUUUGGCAGGUAAAGGAGGUCGGCGAAAGCUUCGUGGCGUCGAAGAAGUAGGGGCUGAGAACGACGAUGAAGAUGAAGACAGAAUGGACGACCUGGCAGCCUCCAAGGCGAGCAAGGUGAAUGAGAAGACUUACAAACCUCGGGUAUAUAAAUGGCGUAUAGAAAGAAAACGAUAG